AUGGCUCGAAAUAGGUUUGAGCUGCUUUUGUGCAAGUUCCAUUUAGCAAAUAACGAAGAAUGCCCCUUCAACGAUAGGCUACACAAAAUUCAAUGUCUGGUUGACAUGUUGAAUAGAAACGCUUCUUUGUGCAUUGUUCCAGAAGAAACCAUUUGUAUCGAUGAAACCAUGAUUCCGUUUCGAGGCAGAUUAUCUUUUCGACAAUACAUAAAAGGAAAAAGGCAUAAGUGUGGAAUGAAAAUUUAUAAAGUAUGCUUUGAUGGCGACAGCCUGAAGAUAUAUUGCGGUAAGGAAAAGAUUGAAGGACAAUCGGUGGCGGAAUCUAUCGUUAUGGAAAUGUUACAACCAUUGCUUGAUGAUGAAAGGACUCUUUAUGCAGAUAAGUGGUACCAGUCUGUUGCCCUAGCGGAGAACUUACAAAAAAGAUCAACUCAUCUAGUAGGAACUAUUCGAAAGAAUAAAAAAGGUCUGCCAAAGACUGUGGUCGACGCAAACCUCAAGAGAGGAGAAAUUGUUGCAAGGCAGAAUCAAAAUAAAGUGGUUGUUAUGAAGUAA